AUGGAUACAAAUAAAACCCUUCUAUUCAAUAUCAGCUCCCUCGUGAUGCGAGAUACUUCGUCGAGUACAAUCAGCACAGUGUCAAUGAACAAAACUGUAUCCAAUGCCUACGAAUGGCGUUUUGUGUUGCCACCCUAUUUCCUGAUUUUCCUCUUGUCGAUAUCCGGAAACUGUCUCGUGAUAGCAACACUGGCUAGUAAUAGGAGAAUGAGGACUGUCACUAAUGUAUACCUAUUAAACCUGGCCAUAUCAGAUUUCUUGCUGGGAGUAUUCUGUUUACCUUUUACUCUGGUUGGGCAAAUUUACAGAAGAUUUUUGUUUGGAGCUACACUAUGCAAAUUAAUACCAUUUUUGCAAGCUGUCUCAGUAUCAGUUGACGUGUGGACUCUUGUGGCCAUAUCUCUUGAGAGAUAUUUUGCCAUCUGCAGACCGCUGAAAUCCCGAAAGUGGCAGACACAGUGCCACGCGUACAAAAUGAUCGCAACUGUAUGGAUUUUGUCACUUGGGUUAAAUUCACCGAUACUGAUAGUAUCCACGCUGCAACCAAUGAAAGGAAAUGCAUACAAAUGUCGUGAAGUCUGGGCAAGUUUGGAACUAGAGAGAGCAUUCAACCUGGGAUUGGAUGCGGCACUGCUCCUUAUCCCAUUCUUCGUAAUGUCAGUUGCCUAUUCCCUCAUCGUUACCAAGUUAUGGCGAGGGCUGCAGCACGAGAUACAGCAUAACUACAAUUGGCAAAAAUAUUUGCAUAGAGACGAUCACCUACCAACAUCUACGCCAAUUUUGAACGGCAAUGCAACAGCACUGUGUUGCAAAAAUGGCUGUAACGUCAAGAAAAUUAAGGAGAAUGAAGAACGUCUUGAUGCCGAGAAAAAAGCAGUGUGCUGUCUGCAAACUGACCUCGAGUUUAGACACGUCGUGCGAUCGACACACAUAGACAAGAGCAUAGAAGCAAAACGAAAAGUUAUACGAAUGCUGUUUGUAAUAAUUCUUGAAUUUUUCGUCUGUUGGGCCCCGCUCCACGUCAUUAAUACCAUUUAUCUCUUCUAUCCUGAAGAAUUGUAUCAAUAUAUUGGGUCGAAAGGCAUUAUUCUUCUGCAACUGCUGGCCUACUGCUCAUCUUUCUGCAACCCCAUCACUUACUGCUUUAUGAAUCGAAAGUUCAGGCAGGCUUUUAUCAGUCUUUUUAAGACUUGUAAGAUAUUCAGGUGGUGCUUCCCUGACAAAACGGCGGAGAAACAAGCGACUCCUCCACCUUCAAGCCAAGACGUUACUGCUUGUAUUAUAAGAGGCAGUCACACGGGUCGCACAGACCUGGAUGGACAAGAAGGUGAGGAUUGUGUUUAGCAGCGGCUCACAAGGCACCACAGUAGGAAACGCACACCCCGCAUUGCCCGCCGUUUCCGUCACACGGCCCGUUACUCAGGUUAUAGAAACCGGAACCGAGGAGAGUCAAUUCCUUUAUCGGAUAACCUGGCCAAGAACAGGUCAGUCAAAGGCGACGGGGUCCACUCAACCAGUAUAUGAAUAAAUGGCUUGAUUGUUCUGUGGUGUAUAGCUGGACCAAAUUGUUAUCAGUUAAUUGUGAUAUUGUGAAGUUUUUAAUUUGAUUCGGUAUUUUAUACCAUUAAGUUCUCUAACGAGCUUCUAACACAGCAUUGUCAAUCUGAUGGUAAGGUUGUACCCGCUGUUUUGUAUUCGCACUGAAAAUAACUGUUUGUAUAUAUUAAAUAUAGCGAUAAACGUAAAAUUUCCUCAUAAGGAUGUUAAAAACGCUACAGCGAUUUUAUGUGUUUAAAGAUGGGACCUAAAAAAUAGAUUUUUUUAUUAUUUCGGUUUUUAGUCUUACAACGUAUUUUAAUUGCGAUUUCGACACGGAAAUUAAUAUUAAAUUUGAUUUUUUGGAUCACAAACAUUCAAGUAUGUGAAACCACCAAGGUUGAUGGUAUUGGUAGAAGCCUGCUGGAGUAAUAAGCUUCUUAAAACAACCUCGCGCAAUCGAGGAUUUGAUCCCGUACAUUUCUCGCCUUGUAUUCGAAAAAUCCACACAAUAAUAUUUAUUGUUUAUAUAGCACAUACAUUCUUAAGCAGAAUAAAACUUUUAGCUUCGUACAAAACAGUGUUAAAAUAAAAUUAACUAAAGACAUACAAACCCAAUGUGUAGUGAGCCUCUUUGUGUCACAAGUCCUUUGCGUGGUGCGCAAAAUUGGCCAAUUAUUCCGGUCAUUGAACCGAUAUAAAAAUUAUGUGGUACGCCUGCUGAUUAUUUUGGGCGGCUUUUGAAUUUUUCACCGUGAUAAUUGCCGCAAGUUACAACGAUAUAUUAGGAUGGAGUCUCAAUUUCAAUAAACAAUACCUAAUAUUUAAAAUAGAUACUAUUAAUGUAUAUAUGUAUAGUUAUUAUAUAUUAUUUAUAUUUACGACUGAUAUGUAUACUGCUAUAGCCGUGGCUAACUUUUUUUGAAACAGUGUAUCUACUUUUAGGAAUUUUAUUAGUUUUAUAUUAUUAAUUAUAU